AACGAAGCGGUCGGUUCUGCUGUCGACUCCGCGUCCUUCGCACCGCAACGAAAAUGAGGGUGUCCCCGGGCGGCUCACCACAGUUUUUGUCUCAAGCCACGACGGACGAGGAGGCGCAGGUCACCUACUCGAAGCGCCUGGUGUGCGCGGUCGUCUUCGCUGGACUCGCAGGCGUCGCGCUCUUUGCGCUGGCCAUCUACUACGUGUCUGCGAUGAUCGCCCGCAUGGCCGAAGCACGUGGCAACGACGUCUCGGACGAGCUCGUGAGCCUCUCGUGCCGCAGCGACGGCUGCGCCAGGUUCGAGGGGCUGCUCCGGGAGACCCUGAACACCAGCGUCGACCCGUGCCACGACUUCAAGGCGUACGUCACCUCCCGCUGGCUGCCCAGCGCGUCGAUGCAACUGGACGUGCACUGGAGGUACGCGUGGAACGUCAAGUACGCGUGGAUGCGCAACAUGGCCGACGAGAUACGACGGCGCUACCACGAGACGUCGCUGGGACGCCUGAUCGUAUCGUCCUUCGGAGCGUGCGCGAACAGGGGACAGGAGAACGUGGACGAGACGCGGAGGCUGUUCAUGCAGCUGUUGCGCGACCUCGGCGUUCCUUGGCCCGACACGCCGCCCAGCGACGUAGACCCGUUCGAAGCCCAGCUCAACCUGAGCGUCCGCUGGAACAUACCGCUCUGGUUCGACGUGAAAAUGCUUCCGGGCAAGCCCGUGGCCGGUCGAAAAGCGAUCUACGUCUACCCGAGUGCCUACGCCAAUUUCUGGAGGCGCCAGUACAUCGCCAUGAACAGCGAGGCCGCGGUUCGGCGGUACGUGGACCAGUACUUGGCCUUCUUCAUCGACGUGGACGGGAUGAACCAAAACGUUGUCUCCGCUGACCAGCGCCGCCAGUGCGACAGGGUGUUCAACUUCACCAAGCACGUCGUCUUUCUGCUCGCCGAAGUCAGCAAGCACCAGCGCGCCGCGCUCUUGGAUUUCCGCUCCCUGGCGCAAGCUUUCGGCCAGAAGACGGAACGACUCGUUUCGUUGGUGAACGACAUUUUCCGGCUCAACGACUCCUCGUUCGCGUCAGUGGACAAGGCCCUCGUGAAGGCGACGGGCACGAUGGACGUCGUCCGCCGCAUCACCGCCAAUGCUGAUUCCUCGCUCGUCUUGAGUCACCUGGGCUGGUGGACGCUGCAGGUGUACGCGCCCAUACUGGAUGACCAAUUCUUCGUCCAAAAGUACGGAAGCGAAGAGAACGCCAACCUGCUUCGUCCGCUGUUCUGCGAGACCCAGGUCGAGAGUUGCUUCAAGCUCCUGCUCUUCGCCAACCACAUCUUCCUGAACUUCCCCAAGCGCGUGCGGCGAAGCAUCAACGAACUGCUGACCAGCGUUCGAGACGCGACCGUGGCAGAGUACGCAAAGUCGGACCUGCCGGCGGCGACCAAGACGCGGUUGAUGGACAAGCUGAAACGCUUGGCCACGAAUCUCUGGCCCAAGGCGGAGUACCGGUCUUCCAAACGGCUCCGACGAAUCUACUCGUUCAAGUACGUGAGCAAGAAGACGAUGCUGGACUACUGGAUCUCGGAGAGGCAGGGCAACGCCGCGCUCAUCGGGUCCGACGCGUACUACGAGGACAAGCGGCUGCCGCAGUGCAACGCCAAGGACCCGUUCUCCUACGAAACCACCUUGGACACCGCCACGCUGUCGAUGAUCGCGGUACACGAACCGUUCUAUUAUCGGGACGGCGACGGCGCGAUCAACUACGGGGGUCUGGGCGCGGGCUUUGCGAAGACCCUCCUGGAAGGCCUGGAACGCGCCUACGAAUUUCGUCAUGCCGCCGCCCGUGACGCGUCGAGCGGCGCUACGCAGAGCAACGGCAGCGCUCCGCAGGAUUCGGUUCGCAACGAGACCUCGCGAAGCGUCGCUCUGGGCGGCCGAGUCUUCUUGCCGGCAUUUCGCGCACUGAUGGCGGCUCAGAGGAACGGCACCCCGCUCAACACCGGCCAGUUCUCGCCGGCGAAAGUGUUCUUCGUCAACUACUGCCACAGUCAGACGCGGAUGUCGGCGGGCUUCGAUUGCAACUCGGCUCUUCGAGGAGCGGCCGACUUUGUGACCGCGUUCGGCUGCAAGCAGGGUAGCUACAUGAACCCGCAAUAUUGAUGACCCGCUUGUACAAACAAUGAGACGUGUCGUAGGUUUACGGCUGACACACUUGCGUUUAGAUUUGUUUAUUUAGUUUGUUUAGUGACUUCAUUUGCGAAAUUCUACAAUGGUUGCGCAAGUGUCGCGUUAUACCUGUGCUUAUUUAUAUUUUUUGGAGCACUGACUGUCGUUAUUUGUAAAAGAAGUAGCGAGUAAUUGAGCAGUUGGGUUUUUGAACAGCACAGCA